CGCCAUUGUGUGGUGACGUCACAAGGGCGCGACACAUUCAGUCGAGUUGCGUCCCAAAGUAAAGAUGGCGGACGCGUCGGGGACGGAGCUGUCAGACGAGAAAGAGAAAGAAGCGGACACUGAGCGCAAAAGCAAGGAACAGACGCGACCGUGGCAGGAUGCGAGCAAGUCGGGGAAAGUCAUUUCUUCUCCCCUACCCGAGACUUUGGGCAUUUACGACAUCGGCGCUGACAUCAGGCGCGUGCGAAGGGACCACUCGCCAGAUACGUCCCUGACGCACUUCAUCUGCACGGAGCUGACCCGAGGCUACUUCCUCGAGCACAACGAGGCCAAGUACACCGAGCGUCGGGAGAGGGUGUACACGUGCUUGCGCAUCCCGAAGGAGCUGGAGAAGCUGAUGAUCUUUGGCUUCUUCCUGUGCGUGGACGCUUUCCUGUACGUGUUUACGCUGCUGCCCCUCAGGGUGCUGCUGGCCCUGCUCCGCCUCCUCACCCUGCCCUGCUGUGGCUUCAGCGGGACGAGGCUGCUGCAGCCGGCUCAGGUGUGCGACAUGCUGAAAGGCCUCAUCCUGGUGCUGUGCUUCUCCAUGAUGCACUACGUGGACUACGCCAUGAUGUACCACCUGAUCAGAGGGCAGUCUGUCAUUAAGCUCUACAUCAUCUACAACAUGCUGGAGGUUGCAGAUCGCCUCUUCUCCUCCUUCGGCCAAGACAUCCUGGAUGCUCUCUACUGGACUGCCACAGAGCCCAAAGAGCGCAAGAGGGACAGCAUCGGGGUCAUCCCUCACUUCCUCAUGGCUGUCUUUUAUGUUUUCCUCCACGCCAUCCUCAUCAUGGUCCAAGCCUCCACGCUAAACGUGGCUUUCAACUCGCAUAACAAGUCCCUGCUCACAAUCAUGAUGUCCAGCAACUUUGUGGAAAUCAAAGGCAGCGUAUUUAAGAAGUUUGAGAAGAACAACUUGUUCCAAAUGUCCAACAGCGAUAUCAAGGAGCGCUUCACCAGUUACGUUCUCAUGCUCAUCGUGUGUCUGAGGAACAUGGAGCAGUUCUCAUGGAACCUGGAGCACCUGUGGGUGUUGUUCCCUGACGUCUUCAUGGUGCUCACCUCCGAAGUGGCCGUGGACGCCAUCAAGCACGCCUUCAUCACCAAGUUCAACGACAUCACAGCAGAUGUUUACAGUGAAUACAGAGCCAGCCUGGCCUUUGAUCUCGUGAGCAGUCGACAGAAGAAUGCUUACACCGACUACAGCGACUCCGUGGCCCGCCGGAUGGGCUUCAUCCCGCUCCCUUUGGCCGUGCUCCUCAGCCGGGUGGUCAUGAGUUCAGUCAAGGUGCGAGGAGCGCUGUCAUACACUUGUGUGCUUCUCUUUUAUCUCGGGCUGGUCACACUGAAGGUGCUGAACAGCAUCGUGCUGCUAGGCAAAUCAUGCGUGUACGUCAAGAGGGCCAACAUGGAGGGCAAACUGUUCCAGAAGCCCCACACCGCGGCACCCUCUUCGGCGAAGGUCCCGCACAGCAAAGCCGACCACGCCACGGCUACAAAAUCCUCAGGGGACGCCAAGCUGAGCCCGAAUCCGCCCUCCGUCCCUCCUUCCUCCUCACCCUCCCCUUCUUCGGUGACCACUCAGCCGGCGCCGAGAUGGGACCUUCCUCUACCUCCCGUCGACUCCUCGGCGUCUCCCCCUCGCCGGCCGCCCCCCGUGCCCGAACCCCAGCGACCGGCUCCUUCGCCCCCCAGAGAGGAGCAGGCGCGCGGGCACGAGGGGAGCCCCGAGGCUCCCAAAAAGGACCUCCUGGAGAUCGACCGCUUCACCAUCUGCGGAAACCGCAUCGACUGAGGACAGACGCGAGGAGGGUAAGGAAUUGGACGCGCGUUGUGGUCAUUUCCUGUCGAACCGAGACAUUCCGCGAGAGGAAGCUCGCGCGGGUGGAUAAUCGAUAAUGUGCGGUCGCCGGAUCGGAAAGGACCACUUUUUAAGGUACACAAGAGCACAGCUGGAAGACCCGCAAAAGGUGCCCGGAGGGGAAAGGGACCCCAAAGGAUUGCCGUCCUGAAUGUCACGACGCUGCAAACGCUUCGGUCUACGCUUUCUGAAGACCGCGACAAGCCUUUGCGUUCGGUUUGAAGUUUUAUGACUGUAUUUUUUUCAAGGACAAGCAAAGUUUCCAGCGAACGCUCGGGUUUUCGUAGUUCCCCAGUUUGUACCCGAUUUCGCAAACGGGGCACGCAAAAUGUUUCAACUCUUUCGUACAGGGGACCAUGCGAAAUCAUUACCUGGGUCCCAGAGACCCUGCAAAGUCACCAUCUUUGACAGUGAUAGCUUAACAAAAUGACUGCCUCUUCAACACGGAGAUCCAACAAAACUACCACCACUUUCAUACGGAGAUCCAGCAAAAUCGUAGCAUUUUUUUUUCACGCGGAGAUUGCAAAAUUAGGGAUGGUUUUAUACAUUGCUUCCUGCAAAAUUACCGACGCUUUCACACAAUCCUUGCAAAAUGACGACCUUUCCGUUCCAAAUGAGUGCCCCUUUUACCCAGAGACCAUGCAAACCUAUUGGCUGUUUCACACAGAGACCCUGCAAAACUCCCGUCAUAUUCUACAUACAGGAAAAAAAUGCAUAAUGAUUGUCUCGACAUCGCAAACACGUGCAAAAUUAAUCCGCCACUCCCACAGUGAUAUCCUAAAAGAUUCUAGAUCACGCCCAGGGUCAGACCCGCUCUUACCGCAAAAUGGCGGUCCACCUCUUGUGUUUUCCUCCAUUUUGAUUUACAACCAUCUGUCCCAACACAUUUGCCCACGAGUGUCCCGGGAGCUGGACCAAGCAAGCUUGCUGCCUUCAUGAGCCUUCGCCGUCGCGUUUACAUCCCUUUUCACGGUUUGCACAUUUGGAAUGUGUUCACGUUUACUUCCAUUGCAAUGAAAUUGUUUCCUGCUGAAAUAUGAAUAAUCCCCUUUUUUUUGUUUGAUACAAGAUGUGAAUAAGUGUGAUUUAUUGAUUAAUUUAAUCUUAUUUAAAGUAAUUUCCAGCCAUGUUGGAGAUACUCGAGUUGAUGCACAUUUGGGAGUAGAAGUCCUGAAAUGUUUAUUGCCGUUGUGAUAAUUAUUCUUAUGUGUUGAACAUAUAUUUUGGGAGGAGGUACUACUUGUGAUAUGAUCAUAACUGAGCUUGUUUUGUGUCCAUGCCAUAUUGUUUGAAAAAAUUAUAUAAAAAAAAUUGAAAAUUGUUUCACUCA